GAGCUACACACUAUGAGUGAUAGUGAUGGAGAAGACUUUAUUCUCGGUGAGGAACCUCAUGUUACGGCGGAGGAACAUAGUAGCAGUGGGCGCAGAACUAGCGACGGGAAAAAAAUAGUUGAUUUUGAUAAAAAUGGUCAGGCAGUUGGUGCGUGGGCGGAGAAGUUCAAAUCUUUUGUGGGCAAGAUAGCACGUGCUCGAGUAAACAUCAACAUUGAAAGUUGGAAACAAGUCCCCGAAUCCCUAAAAUUGCAGAUGUGGAAAGAGAUCCAGGAUGAGUAUUUUGUUGAUGACACCAUGUACAAGUUGACCAUAAAAAGAUGGGAAAGUUACAUCGGGACUGGAGAAACCGAUUGAGGACUGGCUUUUUUUAUAAGACACGACCAGUUGGACAGGAUAGUGGUGAAGCUUAUGUGAAGUAUAAAGGCAUUUUGACACAAGAUGUGUGGGAGGAUUUUAUCGCUAGGAGCAUGACUCCAGAGUUUAAGGAAUUAAGUGAUAAACACAAACAAGCUGCGUUAGAGAAUAUUUACCCUCACCAUAUGGGCAGCUCCGGAUAUGCACUUUCCAUACCGAAAUGGAAAGAUCAGGGAGUACUAGAUCAGUUUUUGACUAAGUCUGAAGUGGAUUCCACAAAAUCUAGCGUAUCUUCUGAUGACAUUCCGAGACAUGUGAGUUGGUUUUGUGCUAGAUCUGGAUUGACAGCAGAUGGACAACUAGCUUUCCCGAGUAACACCGAAGCCAUGAAAAAAAAGAAAGAAAAACUUGAUAAAAUUCAAGAUGAUGUUGCUACAGGGACAUGGAAGCCACACGGACGACAUGAUAUUCUUACCGAUAUAUUUGAGAAACCUGAUUAUCCUGGACGUGUACAUGGCGUUGGAGGAGGUGUGGGCAUAAAAGAGUGUUUGAGCGAGAGCCGAGGAGUUCACGUAAGAUUGGUAAUUUGAGCGAUACUGAUUUGAAGAAGUUACAGGAUCAGUGGAUGAAAGAUAUGG